GACUCAGCAUAUUCUGGAAGGAAGUGCAAAUUUGAGUUUUCCAAUAGCACUGCGUGGUCACAAAACGCAAACUCUCUCAUAAAAGAGUGAGAGAAUUGUUUCCAGUUUCAAUCUCUUCUUCUUCCUAUGGCUAAUCGGCACACCAUUAUUCUAAUGCAGACAUCGCAGAAUAGAGCAACAAGGACGUUCAUGGAUUAUGAAUCCAUCACUCAGGCUAUGGAUGGCAUAUGUGCAUUGUAUGAAAGGAAACUGAAGGAGUUAAAUCCGGCCAUCAGAAAUCUCUCUUAUGAUAUUGCUGAUCUCUACAACUUCAUAGAUGGUCUUGCGGACAUGAGCGCCCUAGUGUAUGAUAGUUCCAUUCAUGCUUACUUGCCGCAUGAUCGACAGUGGAUUAAGCAAAAAACCUUCCAGCAUUUGAAGAAAUUGGCACAUUGAUUAAUCCCCUAACUUUUGGCAAUUCAAUGUAAAAAAUCGCAAAGGGUUGAACCUGCUGUUGUGUGGCUAUACCUCGCUGGCUAUGUAAUAUGAAUACCGAAUACUGCAAAUGCUGGCACGUAAUUAUAAUUCGACAGAUGCUACUGCUGAAGUUUUAUAAACACAAAUGAUUGUAGUGGGCAUGGUUGCUCUACCUUCAAUUGUCUGAGGAUUUGUCUUUUUAAAAUACCUUCAUCUUGUUGUAUUGUCAACCAGUAAGUUGCACUGUUGAGUAACCUCUAAAUACACUAUAAUUCACGAUGUCGUAUGAAAUGCUAGUUUUGAGAGUUCAUAUUCCACA